AAAACGCAAACGUCGGGGGGGGCGGUUUACAAAUAACAGCAACAACAAAAAAAGGAGGGGUUUGUUUGAAGGGGAUCUGGUGUAUUCCUUGUGGCUGGAAUGUCAGAGUCCCACAUGGCAGCUGCCACCAGCCAGACCCUUUGGCACUCCUACCCUCUCUCUCACCACACGAUUGCUGUCCUUCUAAGCUGAGGGUCGGCGGUGCUUUCACCAGAUUCAAGCUUCCGUCUUUGUUUGCCAUUCAUUUCCUGCCCCAGCUGCUGCUUCCACACCACACCCCCCACCCCCUCCCUCCCUCCCCACUCUAUCACUCCCUUUUGUUCAUUUCCUCAGCAGAGAGUCAAUCACAGUUGUAAGUAAGUGCCUCCCCGGCUCCUCUGACCGGCGUUUGGGAACAUUGCAGUCCCGGGGAGCUCUUCCACACAGCGGCUGCUGGCUUGUACCAACCCAGCGUUUGGUUUUGCUCUUUUGUUUUUGCAGAAAGCUGCAUUGGACAGCUCCCUGGCAUCUCUCCCGUCCUUCCAGUGAAGGGGACUGUGUGUGUGUGUGAACUCCAUGUGACCAGGGUUUGCUGUCAGCUCUUUCUCAGCAUCUUUCCAUCCGAGCAAGGCACAGAGAGAGAGAGAGAGCUGCAAGAAGACUCCAGUGCAGGGGCCAGGACACUGAACAGCAGGGAGAGAGCUGCAGGAGAGGACAGAGACGGAUGAGCAGUCGGUUUCUGCAAGGAAGGCAGCAAUGAUAAUCUGGAGGGAUGUGUGAUCUCCACUCCCAGUCCACUUGAAGAAAGAGCCGUGUCGACUGGUGAGAGAGGAAGAGGCAGCCUGUGGGGAGAUGAGCCUGCUGAAACCCAGCGGGUUAAAAGCCCCAGGUCGGGGCAACAAGCACGCUAGCCCAAUGGGCCGUGGCUCUGCAGCAGUCGCUGGGCCUAAAGAAGGUUCUCCAUUGCACAAGCAAGCUGCAAUCCCUGUACCUAGUGACAAAUUGCCCUCGAAGAGUGCUGAGGUGGGCGAUGACUGCAUCGGAGAUUUUGCCAUCGGGGAUCGUAUCUGGGUGAAUGGUGUGAAGCCUGGCGUCAUACAGUUUCUUGGGGAAACGCAAUUUGCUCCCGGAAAAUGGGCAGGAGUUGUCCUCGAUGAACCUGUGGGGAAAAACGAUGGGUCUGUCGGGGGCGUGCGGUACUUUGAAUGUGGAGCUUUACAAGGCAUUUUCACUAGGCCCUCGAAGCUGGCACUCCGUCCCUCGAGUGAUGGCGCUGGGAGUGAUGCCCAUUCUGGGGACUCUGUUACAUUUCCAGCCCCAGCCUCACAUCAUGGUACUGCCACCCCGCCACCCUCAAGCCAACGCAUCAACUGCACAAUCCCACUGAGGGAAAGCAUCUUGAACAGUUCCAUGAAGACGGGGAAUGAGUCUGGAUCAAACCUGUCUGAUAGCGGAUCUGUAAAGAAAGGGGACAAGGAUUUGAGAUGUGGGGAUCGUGUUCUGGUGGGUGGCACUAAAACUGGAGUUGUAAAGUAUGUCGGAGAGACGGAUUUUGCAAAGGGCGAGUGGUGUGGAGUUGAACUGGAUGAACCACUGGGAAAAAAUGAUGGUGCUGUCGCUGGCACAAGAUACUUCCAGUGCCCACCCAAGUUCGGUCUCUUUGCUCCCAUUCACAAGGUGAUGAGGAUUGGCUUCCCGUCGACCACACCAGCCAAAACCAAGAAGAGUAAAAGGAUGGCCAUGGGGGUCUCUGCCUUGACCCAGAGUCCGAGCAGCUCCUCGAUAAGUUCAGUCAGCUCCGUGGCUUCAUCUGUCGGGGGGAGACCAAGCCGCACCGGACUGCUGACCGAGACAUCCUCUCGCUACGCCCGGAAGAUCUCAGGCACCACCGCCCUGCAGGAAGCCCUGAAGGAGAAGCAGCAGCACAUUGAACAGCUGCUGGCCGAGCGAGACCUGGAGCGAGCCGAGGUCGCCAAGGCAACUAGCCAUAUCUGUGAGGUGGAGAAAGAGCUGGCUCUUCUGAAGGCCACACAUGCACAGUACGCGACAGAGGCUGAGAUGAACCUCCAGCUUGUACGAACCAGGCUGAACAAUGCUGAGAAACAAAAACUGGAACUGUUAAACACACUGGAAGAGGAGAAAAGGAAAAUCGAGGAUCUCCAGUUCCGAGUGGAAGAAGAAUCAAUUACCAAAGGAGAUUUAGAGACACAGACAAAGUUAGAGCAUGCCCGUAUUCGGGAGCUAGAGCACAGCCUGCUGUUUGAAAGGACUAAAGCUGGAAAACUCCAGAAGGAGUUUGAAGACACUCGGCUCACGACGGUAGCUGAAAAGUCCAGGAUUGUCCAGCUGGAGGAUGAACUGAAUUUGAAGACCAGCGAAAUUGAGGAACUGCAGCAGAGAUUGAGAAACUCGGACAAAUCAGACACACCUGAGCAGAGCCUCAGUCUGCAGUCAGAGGUCCUCAAGUUACGAGAACAGCUGUCAGCGGUCAACAAAGAGCAUCAAAGUGAGAAUGUCUUACUAAAGGAGAAAUAUGAGGCCAGGUUGCAGGAGUAUCAAGAGGAAAUGGAAAAGUUGAAGACCACCAAUGAGAAGUACUCGCAGGAUAUCAGUGACCUUCGACAGAAACUGCACCAAGCAACUAAGGAAAACAUGGAGAUGAUGGACAAUUGGAAGAACAAACUGGACACUUUAGUAUCUGACCAUCAGAAGUCUCUAGAGGAACUUAAAGUCUCAUUGAUUGCAGGUAGUGAUGUUCAGAACAGUGAGCUAGUGGAGCUAAGAGCCACCUUAGAAAGCCUGAAGAUGGAGCACCAACUCGAAUGGGAGAAUCUGAAAGCCAAGCACGAGAUUGAGAUGGCACUGCACAUCAAGGAGAAAGAGGACUUCAGAGUUAAGCUGCAGGAAGCCAAAUACGAACUGGAGGAGUGCAAUGCAAACUGGCGGAACAAGUUGGAGGUUACAACCUGUCAGCACAGGGAAGAGCUCCAGGUGACCAUCGAUCAGCUCCGAAACGCUGAGCUGAGACUCAGUGAGCAGGAGAAACUUCAUGCUGAUUACAAAGACCAAGCGCAGGCCAUCAGCUUCUUAAAGGAGCAGAUAGCUGCAGCUGAGAGAAAAAUGACAGACUACGAGGCGCUCCAGAAAUCUGAGAUCCAACACAAGCAGGAGUUCAGGAACCUACAGGAGAAGCUUCAGGCACUGGAAGCUCGUCAUUCUUCUGAAGCCAUUGACAGCAAUAACAUCCUGAAAGAGAAAAUGAAGAUGAAACAGUCAAUAGAAGACUUAAUAGACAAACUUGGUAAAAGGGAAAAGGAUGUUUCUUCAAUGUCUUCACAGAUUGAGUUAUUAAAGACACAGAUUGUCGCUCUAGAACACAAGUCAAAAUCUUCCGAGAGAAAAGCCGAUGCAACAACAAAGGAGAAAGCCAAGCUGGAAAUGGAGCUGGAGGCCCUGACCCGUAAAUCCCAUGAUGCUUCAGGACAGCUGGUCAUCAUUAGUCAAGAGCUGCUGAAGAAGGAACGGAACCUCAAUGAACUGCGCUCUUUGCUGUUGGAGACCAAUCGUCACCCCUGCGGAGGGGAAAAGGACCUCAGCCGGGAAGUUCACAAAGCUGAGUGGAGAAUGAAGGAGCAGAAACUACAGGAAGACAUCAAAGUUCUCCGAGAGAAACUGUAUGGUCUGGGUACUGAAAAGUACAAACCCGAUCAAAAGCGGCGCCCAUCCUCGCUGCAGGACACGGAAACUGACACUGAGAUUUGCAAAUUGCAGCAGAGGCUGGUUAACACUGAGGAAGCCCUGCGGAGUGCACUGGAGCAGAACCAACAAAUGGAGAGACUGAUGGAAGCCAUGCAGACACUCGAUAGCGCAGGCUCUGCCAAUGGAGUCCAUCAGCGAGGCCAGCACGAAGCAAUGACCGACGGCAGAUGCUUCAAGCAAGAGGAUUUCUCGAGGUCUCGUUCUCCGCAGCGCCAUUCUGACUCCAGUCGUGCGAAACAGUUAUUGGUCACAGAAAACAGAAGAAUUGAAAAGCUCUUCAAGGAAAUAGAAGAGAUGAGUGUUUGUGCUUCUCCAGAGUCACUACAGCUAAAAGGUUCAGGAGACGUGUCCAAUAGACAGUCCACAUCAACAGAUCGAGGCGAGUCGACAGAAAAGGCCCAGCACUGAUGCCAGAGGUGUGUGUGAAUAGGACAAGUCCAUCGUUUACUAGUUACCCUCUUGUGCACUUGAAAACGGCUGCCCUGCUUGAAGACUUGUGUUGUUUUGACUGCAUUCUGUCAUUGAUGGAGCUCGGAGUUCCAAAGCCCUGGUGCCAUCCCUGCCCCCAUGUAAGGAGAACGGUGCAUCAGGACUCGGCCACUUUGGCCAGUUUAUCUACUCGACUGCAAGGCAGAUGCAUGAAAGAGUGAACAUCACCCAAAGCGUGGGAUAAUAUUUUCCUGGUGACUGACCAUUUGUUUUUCUUGCAAGCAGAACAGGAGAUGACACUGGGUUCUAAGAAGAACUGCUUUGGUUCAAUGGGUUUGCAAAAAUGGUAUUUAAUAUCCAAGAACAAAACUGCAUAAUAUCCGUAUUCAUUCAGGUUGGAAGUCUGUUUUUGAUCACAACCCAUCAGUCUGUGUGCCCAAGUGUUGAAAUAUUAGAGGGACAAUCACAAAGUUGAGGUUGAGACACACUGUUCAGAACAGUGGGAGAGACAGAACCCUACUGAAACACUGAUGAGAUCCAAAACUGGUCGAUAUUUUCCUGCCUUCUGUUUCAGAUUGCAAACAUUAAGGCUGUUUGGCUGUCUGCGUAAACUGCAAAUAAAAUCCCUUCUUAGUUUAGGAGCAUGGAUUUGCGACAUUUUGUUGGGUUACAGCAGCCCUUUAAGCUCCAUUCAGUAAGAGCAUUGCUGAUCUAAUAACUCCACCUUCCCGUCCGACUGAUAACCUUUCACCCCUUUGCUUGUCAAGAGUAUUUCUGUGUCAACGUUAAAAGUAUUUGAGUACACUUUUUUUUCUACCAUUUUUUGGCGAACAGAGUUCUAAGAAAUCUUGCCCUCUGUGAGAAAAAGAAUUCUCUUCAUCUCUGUUUUAGCUAAUGCCCAGUGUUCAGGGUCUGAUUGUGGGGAGAGCUCACAAUCUGUCCUGAUGUUAAAAAACUUGGUUGUUUAAAGCAGAACGCUGACUUGCCCUUCACGUUCAGACUUGACAUGUGACAGCAAGAAAGCGGUAAACUCUUAACUUCUAAAGAAUGUGAUGUAAUAGUAAAUAGGAGGAAAAGAGUUACUUUAUUUAUUUCUUAUUUGAAAUCCUGUUUGAUACUUAAAACACUGUGUGCUACCUACCCCUGUUCUCCCACACUAAGGAUUAAGCUCAGAGCCUUCACCAGGCAUCGAAAUAAUGAAUCACUGUGGGACAAACCAAGAUCCUGGGAAAUUUAUGCUUCCCUCAGUCAGUGGCAUAUUUUUAAAAAAAUAUUUUCAAGUAUUUUCACUCCAUGUAGCAUUGAGACAAGCUCCCCUGUCUCAGAUGCCCGGGGUGAAGGAUCACAUUAGUAGUUUAAUAUUAAAAUUAGACACUAAACAAAAAUACCCAACAAUGCAAAGUUGCUUAAAUGUUUCAGCUUAGCUUCAGUCAAAGUUCAAAUACAAUCCUUGCCUCAAACCGUUGCCAAAAUUGCAGGAACCCUGGAUCCAGCUAAUUCACUACGCUAUAGAGUUAUUUAAUAUUAUUUAAAAGUAGCUUUCAGAAUUGUAUUAUUUAAGAAUAUUGACACUCGUUUUCCUUUUUCUCGGAAAUAUUCCCUUUCUCGGUCUGACCUUUGUGCUGGUCAUGGUGGGGAGUAGUAGUAUUGGAGAAAAAUGAACUGUUUACAUUGUUAUUGUCAAGUGCUCAAAUGUCAAAUGUAGCUGACUUAAAUCCAGAGUAAAGCGCCCUCAACACUGCCCCUGAGAAUUGUGCCUCAAAAUGGUGCCCGUGAAAUUGGCCAUUCUUCUAAACUGAGUAAGACUGCCAAUUUGAUAUUGGGGAUUGAUGAAAGUAUGCUUUAACUUCUCUUUGAAUCUUUUUGCUAUGUAUCAUCCUUUAAGCAAGAUGGGAGGCAACUCCCUGUUCUUUUACCUGCCCUGAUGUACUAGAAUACUGUACCCUCCCCCAUAUUUUGCCUGAAGACCUAUUUUGUCCUUCCUUCUUUCUCCCAAUAAUGUGACAGAGAUUCAUAGAGUCCUUACAGUGUGGAAGCAGGCCUUUUGGUCCAUCCAUUCCACACAAACCUUCCGAAGAGCAUCUCACUCAGACCCAGCCCUCCUACUCCUCUAUUUCCCAUGGAUGAUCCACCUAGCCUGCACAUCCUGGGCAAUCUAGCAUUGCCAAUCCACCUUAAUCUGCACAUCUUUGGACUGUGGGAGGAAA